ACAUUUGGGAAAUGGACGGCGUUUCAGGAGCGGAUGGUCACAAAACGAACGGGAAUGGAGCGAGCAGAUGAGAUUUGCUCGUGAUGUGUGUUUUAGUAUUCGGCGUUGCUAGGCUAAUGGAUUCUAGACGACGGAUUCCUUGCCGUGAAGCUGGCGAGCUGUCUAACCAAAUCGAUGAUUCCGCAUAAGAGCGUCGGGAGUCCCAUCCGCCAGACUCACAGACCCGCCCUUCGAUAUUUGCGAGCCGCUGAAACACGAAUGAAUUACUGUCAAAGCCGGCCCAUAUCUUGGUUUCGGAUCCUCCUCUCCCCGAAAUCGAAGAGGCCACCCAAAGCGCCGGGUCUUGUCGUGGAUCGGGGGAUUUGUCAUGCGUGUCCGGUAUUUCCGCCCCCAGGAAGGGACCGCCUAACUUGGAAAGUUCCAAACAAGCGUCAUCUAGGUCGUCGAGCGAGGUCCGACAUGGGGAAAGCUGACUAUUUGUUCCGAAGAGAAGGGUGGUCGGAAAGCUGGCUCCGUUGCUCCCCAAAUCCAUGUGGCCCACUUGCUCGGCAACCCUUCAGUGCUGCCUACGAAGAAAACCCCUCACUUAGGCCUAGAAGGAGACCAAAGUGGCUUAGUACUCAGUCACCUUCUGUCUCUGCUGAGGCGGAGUGUGGGAACCCCUAGAGUGAGUCCUCUGUCUCCCACCAGGCCAGCCUACAUGCGUAUGCAGCCAAACUGACAUGACACAAUGU